AUGGAGGCCAUUGCUGAGAAGCACGCGGGCUUCAUCUCCCGCCUGACGAAUCUCCUCGAUCUCUUCGUCGCGAUGCGUUACAUAUCCCCAUCUGAUGUAAUUCGCCCACCUCACUCUUCCGAAACCGUCGCAACUUCAAUCUUCGAGAAAAUUGGCCUGGAUUCUGAGGUUAUCGACCUGAUCAGAUCAAUUCCUGCAAUGCGCAGCGACAUCGUUGAAGGGUACCAAUGGUUCGGUGUCGAACUGACCCCCCGCUCAAAAGCCGUAACGUACUUUGACAACCCCGGUAACCCAGAUUUCGUCGAGGAUUUGCGGUGGGUUGGACCUGACCGCAAUGAAUGGGAGAAAGCACCUAGACGACCAGCUGAGACCGUGCUUGAUGAAAUCAUCGCAAGGUUCCUAAGCCUGGAAUGGGUUCCGUACUAUGACCCCUCAGAGGAUGACGAUCCCUCCGAUCCACCCGCGCGCAAGAUCUUGGAAGAUCCUAUCAUCAUGCAGAACCUCUUUCCUGGAGGCAUUCGUCUUCCUACUGAGACAACCGCUGCAAUUCAGUAUAUGAGACAGCACCAUGGCUCAGAUGGUGCUGAUGGAUGGCGACGGAGGAUCAAUCGUUUCCGAGCGUGGCAAAAGAUCUAUCAAGAUUGCGGAUGGGGCUCAGCAGUUUUUGACAUCGAAGCGUUUGAACUGAAAAGAUCAAAGCUAAUUGAGGCUCUAGAGGAGCUCGAUAAUUUGGAGUCGGAGGCACGCAAUCGCCCGUGGCUUGUUUCUGUCGGUGCACAGCAGGUAGUUGGAGAAGAUGCUCCCACUUUGGAGCAGAUUACCGCACGGCUUGAUCAUUUCCUUGUUCAAGCUGCUGGAGAGCUCGCUGUUUAA